UGCGCCAUCAUUCCCACUCUUAAGAAAAUAAAUUAAAGAAUAAUCCUGCAUAUCCACCGGUCAAUAUUUUAUGUAAACAUGCUGAUCCCACGGUGGAUGCCCUUUGACCCCGUACCCUGGAUGUUUACAGGUGUCUCAUCAGAUCUUGCGGGCAUCGGUGCCAAAUGAUCCAAACAGGUGGAGAUGCGCUGCCGUUCCUAGGCGCGUCAGUGCGUCAUCAGCAGAGUCCCUCAAUUACCGGAGACUGAGUCAGAUUCAUUAACACGAAUUAAGAAAGUCUCUGUUAAUUCAGAGGAGACAGGCUCUCGAUUCAAUCUACAGCGUGAAACUAAACACACGACGGAAUGCAAGAGCAUUUUCAUUUUAGAUUUAGUCGAACCGCAGCCAAUAAUUCAGUGACUCAUUGUGCUGUUUCUGUCAUCUGAGAAAUAAGGUGCUCAUAUAAAUAAAAGCCCAGCGAUGCUCGCUCCCAGACAGCAGACUCUCACCGACAAUUGGUUUCUGGAGGACACCGACUGAGAUUACCGUGAAUUCCCCUAUGAAUCUGCACGUGGUUGUCGUUGCGGUGUCCCUCGGACUCUCCGUCUGGAGCUCUGACUGCGCUCCUGGACACACGGACGCGCCGCUGCCGGUCCUGAUGCGCGUAGGGGAGGAGUACCGGAUACGCCUGGACAACAGCCCGAGCGCGCUCGACCGGAAAGCUCCGUCGCGCAUUCAGCUGCAACUCACACAGCGGCUGUCUGGAGGUCAGAUCGGUGGUGUCGGUAACGGGAUCCUGAGCAGCCCAGAGGACCGCGAGCGUCGAUCGGAGGAUCCGCCGAUCUCGCUUGAUCUGACGUUUCACCUGCUGCGUGAGGUGCUGCAGAUGGCGAGAGCCGAGAAAAUGACCCAGCGCGUAACCCACAACCGCAAGAUCAUGGACGAUUUAGGAAAAUGAAGCAUUAAUAACUCACAAAAUAGUUGUGUCAGCGUUCAGUGUAAAAAAGAAAUAAGUAUUACCACUUUAAGUCUACACUUUAAAAAACAUAGGCUACUUCACAUUACAUUCACUCUAAGAAAUGCUGGGUUAUUUAAACCCAAACUGAGUGAAAUAUGGACAAACCCAAACAUUGGGUUAAAUAGGCCUAAAUUUGAUCCUAUAUUUAAAAAAUGAACACAUCAGUUGGUUUGGUCUGUAUUACGCCCAGAAUUGGGUUAAAAUAACCCACCUUUUUUAAAGUAUUCCUUAAAAAGUAAUGCAUUGCUAAGACUGUAAUAUUUAACUUUUUCUGUGACAGUUUCUAAUGCAGUAUGUUUAGGGAUUUCUGGUUUAUAAAUACUUUGUGUUUACUAUCUUUUUAUCCUUUUAU